ACUAUAAAAAGUACUAAAUUUUUAUAAUAGCUUUAUUAAUUUAAUUGUUAAAUUUAAGAUUUUGUUAUAAAUAAACUUUACAAUGAGUUUGCAAACAGUUUUAGUUACCGGUGGCAACCGGGGAAUCGGUCUCGAACUGGUCAGACAAUUGUUGGCCGAACCGAAUCCACCCAAACACUUGAUUACCACCACUAGACCGACAACUAACAGAGUCGAAUUGGAUACGUUGGUCGCACAGCACCCGAACCUUCAUGUGCUGCAUAUGGAAAGCAAAGCCUACGAUAGUUUUGCUGCAACGGGCGGUAUUGCCGACCAAAUACAGCAAAUAGUUGGCACCCGUGGUUUGGAUACACUUAUUAUUAACGCCGGUAUUGCCAUAUCUAAAGAGUUAGACAACGUUACCGCCAAUGAUAUGAUUGAAAACUUUGAGAUCAAUACUGUCUCACCAUUGAUGCUAACAAAAGCAUUGUUACCAUUACUUAAGGUUGCAUCGGUUCAGCGCAAGACAGCAGUGGUAAAUAUAUCGUCGAGAGUCGGCUCAAUAGAGUUGGCUAAACCCAAACCCGAAGGCCAGUGGUUUAGUAGAUAUCCCUAUCGGUGCAGUAAAGCCGCGCUAAAUAUGAUUAGCCAAUGUUUGUCUAAUGACCUCAAACAGGACAAUAUAUAUGUUAUUAGUAUGCAUCCGGGUCAUCUUAAAACCCAAUUGGGUGGACCCACUGCACCAAUUGAUGUGAAUGAUGGUGUCAAAGGGGUGAUCAAACAAAUCAAAUUAAUUGAUGAUAAUAGUAAUGGUAAAUUGGUUAGUCAUGAGGGAGGAUUAGUUCCUUGGUGAUUGUCUAGUAAAAAUGAUUAUAAUUCAAGACAACAACAAAAAUUAU